AUGGCGGACGUUUCGUCUGCGUCACCACCGCUAUCGACCGCGUUGGCCGGAUCCCAAACUUCAACCACCGCCACUACCACCAGUGCUGUGACCAGCGUUACCGUUAGUCCCGACGCCGACGUCGCAGGGUCGUCUGCUAGUCGCAACGGCGAUGCUGCGUCGCAGCCGCCCAGCGUCGCACGGGAAGGCGUCGCAUCUGCGAAGGGUUCCUGCGACGACGGCGAGUCGGCACCUGCACCGUCGGAUCUAGUAGACGGCACCCCUGCACACGCGCCGGCCGGCGCGCACGGAGGAGCGGAGGGGCAUGCACAACGGGGGCAGGCGGAAACGGAAGGAAGCGGGGGCAAAGGAGCGGUAAGCGCAGUCGCUGUGGCGAGCGCAGAAACGUCUGAUAAAGCAUCGGCGGAUGGCGGAACAGAAACAGUGCCGGCGGCGGUGGCGGUAAAGGGGACUGCGGAGGGCGUAGCGGCGGGAGGGGGGGUGAGAGAAGGUGGGGGAAUGGAGGAAAGAGAGGAUAAAACAGAGCAGGAGCAGGAGGUGAAGGAUGAGGAUGAUGAGGAGGAGGAGGCAAAGGAGGAGCAGAAGGAGGAGGAUGUAGUGGCGAAAUUCAGUUCCGCUGCUGCGUUCGUAGAGGCGGGGUUGCAGGACGCUGCGGACGACUCGUGCAGCAUAUGCCUUGACGACUUCACGUCCGACGAACCGUCCACCCCGACAACGUGCAACCACCACUACCACCUGCAGUGCAUCCUCGAAUGGGCACAGCGCAGCAAGGACUGUCCCAUGUGUUGGCGCACUCUAGUGCUCAAGGACCCUGACAGUCAGGAGCUGCUAGAAGCGUGUGCAGCAGAGAGGGCGAUGAGAGCACAGCAGGCAGCAGCAGCGGCAGCAGCGUCGUCACGCAUGCACAUGGGCAGGGCUGCUCUCGAGGAGUUUGCAGCGCUGCAGCAACGGCUGGCAGAGCUCUCAGAGGACUCAGAGCUGGAGAGGCGAAUUCUACAGCACCUGGCGGCCGCAGCAGCAGCAGCGGGGUUCUCCUCUCGUUCCGCCCACCAGUACCUGCACCAGCACAACCACCGCCACCACCACGGGUCAGAGCGCCAGCAGCAGCAGCGCCUGCGCCAGCACCUUCGCCAGCAGCAGCAGCUGCAGCAGCAAGGGGAGGACGAGGAGGCUGGAGGAAGCCCUGGCGAAAUGGCUCUUCGCCCAACCAGGUCGGCUGGCUCGGGCGGCCGGAUUAGGUUCGGCGGCAGCAGCGGUGGUGCUGGCGGGAUUUACUUCGGGGAGAGCCGGCAGGAGGAGGGCGGAGGGAGCCUGACACCUCCGAACGCGUUUCUAUCGGCUUUUACACGCUCGUCCAAUGCGCUUUCUCUCCAGGACAUGGAUGGUAGAGCAGCGGAUCAGAGAGCAGGAGACAGGGGGGAACGAGGCGGAGGGGGAGGAGGAGGAGUGGUGGUGACUGGGUUUGGUAGGGGAGGGCCUGGAGCAGUGGGAGGUGUCAAUUCCUCCACCACUUCGUCCUCCUCCUCAAAUCGCUUCUCUGCCACGCUCUCCUCUGCUCUCCCUCGCUCGCAAACCGCCCAUCCAGGCACUGCCCCCCGCACCGUCUCCCCUCCCAGCCUCGCAGCAAGUCUAGCGCGCAGAGCAGCAGGGCAGGGCCUUGCGGCGGUGCUAGGUGGUGGUGGUGGGGGAGGAGGGGGAGGAGGAGCUGGAGGGGGAGGAGGGGGCGGUGGAGGGGAUGGGUCUAGUGGUGGGGGAGGGGGAGGGGGAGGGGGAGGUGGUGUGGGUUCAUGGUUCUUUGGCUCGUUUUCCCAGUUGGGGAAUCGGUCGCAAGGUGGAGGGGGUGGAGGGAGUGGGGGAGGUGGGUUUGGAGGAGGAGGGACAGGCGGAUUCGGGGGUGGCCGAUCAACGAGUCAAGGCACGAGCACUCAAGGCACGACCCGUUCAACCCAUUCGCCUCCAUAUACCUCUGCUCAACGGUCCAGCCGACCUUCUCCCCGCACACUGGCCAGCACGCCCUCGUCCCCACCACCACCGCAGUCCAUGACCAUGUCAGAACCCGACUCGCCCGCUUGCCUGCCCUCCGCUGCUGCUGCUGCUACUGCAACCUCUCCUGCUCCUCCUGCGGCUGCCACCCCCUCCGUCAACUCCCCUGCCAGUCCUCCUCCUUUUCUCACCUCCCACCGUGGAUGGGCAACACCGGCAUGUAGACACAUGAGUGUGAUACGGAAAACUCAGUGA